CCUGGGGGCCCUGUCUACCCUCGCCGCCUCCACUCUCCAGCCGGCCGCCCGCCCGCCGCCGCCUCCGUGUGCCCGUCCAGCCUCGCCCGUGCCGCCACCAUGAGCCAGGCCUACUCGUCCAGCCAGCGCGUGUCCUCCUACCGCCGCACCUUCGGCGGGGCCCCCAGCUUCCCGCUCGGGUCGCCGCUGAGCUCGCCCGUGUUCCCGCGCGCGGGCUUCGGCACCAAGGGCUCCUCGAGCUCGAUGACGUCCCGCGUGUACCAGGUGUCGCGCACCUCGGGCGGGGCCGGCGGCCUGGGGUCGCUGCGGGCCAGCCGGCUGGGGGCGGUCCGCGCGCCCUCCUCCUCCUACGGCGCGGGCGAGCUGCUGGACUUCUCGCUGGCUGACGCCGUGAACCAGGAGUUCCUGGCCACGCGCACCAACGAGAAAGUGGAGCUGCAGGAGCUCAACGAUCGCUUCGCCAACUACAUCGAGAAGGUGCGCUUCCUGGAGCAGCAGAACGCGGCGCUCGCCGCCGAGGUGAACCGGCUCAAGGGCCGCGAGCCCACGCGCGUCGCCGAGCUCUACGAGGAGGAGCUGCGCGAGCUGCGGCGCCAGGUGGAGGUGCUCACCAACCAGCGCGCCCGCGUCGACGUCGAGCGCGACAACCUGCUCGACGACCUGCAGCGGCUCAAGGCCAAGCUGCAGGAGGAGAUCCAGCAGAAAGAAGAAGCGGAAAACAAUUUGGCUGCCUUCCGAGCAGAUGUUGAUGCAGCCACUCUAGCUCGCAUUGACCUGGAGCGCAGAAUCGAAUCUCUUAACGAGGAGAUCGCAUUCCUUAAGAAAGUGCAUGAAGAGGAGAUCCGGGAGCUGCAAGCCCAGCUUCAGGAACAACAGGUCCAGGUGGAAAUGGACAUGUCCAAGCCAGACCUCACCGCUGCCCUCAGGGACAUCCGGGCUCAGUAUGAGACCAUCGCGGCUAAGAACAUCUCUGAAGCCGAGGAGUGGUACAAGUCGAAGGUGUCCGACCUGACCCAGGCGGCCAACAAGAACAACGACGCGCUGCGCCAGGCCAAGCAGGAGAUGAUGGAAUACCGGCACCAGAUCCAGUCCUACACCUGCGAGAUUGAUGCCCUCAAGGGCACUAACGAUUCCCUGAUGAGGCAGAUGCGGGAGCUGGAGGAUCGCUUCGCCAGCGAGGCCAGCGGUUACCAGGACAGCAUCGCUCGCCUGGAGGAGGAGAUCCGGCAUCUGAAGGAUGAGAUGGCCCGCCACCUGCGCGAGUACCAGGACCUGCUCAACGUCAAGAUGGCCCUGGAUGUGGAGAUUGCCACCUACCGGAAGCUGCUGGAGGGCGAGGAGAGCCGGAUCAACCUCCCCAUCCAGACCUUCUCUGCCCUCAACUUCCGAGAAACAAGCCCUGAGCAAAGGGGUUCCGAGGUCCACACCAAGAAGACCGUAAUGAUCAAGACCAUCGAGACCCGGGAUGGGGAGGUCGUCAGUGAGGCCACACAGCAGCAACACGAGGUGCUCUAAAGCCACAGACCCCUCUGCCGCCAGAGACCGUCCUCGCCCCUGUCCUCCCUCACUGCCUCCUUCCGUCCUCGGGCACCUCCCCCAGCCACCGGCCUCCCCUCACAGCCUCUGGCCCCUCCUCACUGACCUCCCCGCCAUGGUCCCCACCGGGAACGUGGCCCAUCCCUGCCUACCCCCAGGGGUGCCCCAGCUGCCCCUGGAUGUUGGAAGGCUUCUGGCUGCCCUCCCUCUCUGCCCCUCAGGGCCGGCCUCUUCCGGUCAGUGUCCUGGGCCUGCGGGAUGGAGCCAAGGCCAGAGUGGUGACCCCGCCCCUCCCACCUCCAGCUGUAGCUCUGGCUUCAGAGAGGACCCUAGAGCACGGCAUUGGGACACCCCAGGAUCAGGAAUGAGCCCUGUGUACCCUCACCACUCCCCAGCCUGGGUCAGAGAGAAAGGGGGCCGCUUCCUCUGGAAGCCAGGCAGGUAACCAGGGGGACCAGCCCCCUGUGGAGACUGGGGGGCUUGAAACUGUCCCCUAUCGUCCCUUAACUUUCCCUUCCCCCUUCCCACCCUCACCCAGGGUGGGCUUAGAUAGCAGGGGCUACAAGAGGGAACCCCCGAAGGUGCUGGAUGUGGGAGCAGGAAAUUCAGAAGGAGAGAGGGUGGGUGAGAUGCUGGAGAGGAGAGGAGAGGAGAGAGGCAGAGGGUGGUCUCAGGAAGGUGGGAGGGGUGCCCACCUCCCCGUGCCAGCCCCUCCCCCGCUGCCGGGCUCUGGACAGAACAAUAAAGAGAAGCACAAGCCUAGCCCGCC